GUGGAUCCAUAGUACUUACAGAAAAUCAUAAAUAAUGCUAAACAUGAAGAGUCUGGUGAUAGCAGUGCUGGCGCUUGCCAUCCCAACAGUGUUCUCCUACGACGAGAAAUAUGACAAGCUGGACGUGGACAAGAUCAUCGGCGACGAUAGUCUGUUCGACGCCUACAUCCAGUGCCUUCUCGACAAGGGACCCUGCUCCGUCGAACACUCCGCUGAUUUCAGGAAACUAGUACCCGAAGUGAUUGCUGACGCUUGUGCCAAAUGCACGCCACUCCAGCGCACAAACGUCAGGAAAACGGUGAAGGCUCUCCAAGAGAAGAAACCUCAAGAAUUCAAAGAAUUCCGCGCCAAAUACGACCCUAAGGGAGAGUACGAACAGGCGUUCGCUGCCUUUAUGGUGGCCACUGACUAAUUGCGAUCAGCUUGAAACAAUCCCAAGUUCAACCUUCAAUACUAAAAGUAUCAAAGGUUGAUCUUUGGACUUCGUUUUCCAUCAAAGGACCUAUAUGAAGACAUCCUUUUGAUAAUGACUAUGAAUUUUCGUCUGGUAUAUUUGUAUGACUAU